AUGCUCUCAUAUUUGGUUUUCCUUGCUCUUCUUCUUCCAAUCCAAGCAGCUGUAAAUUCAACAAUUUGUCAAGAAUACAUUGAUGUGAAUAAUCAAUUCAAUUGCGGUGAAAAUGGUUAUCCACUUCAUUAUGGUUAUAAAAAUUGUAUGGCAUUCACAAAUCCCGAAAAUCGCGAUAGAUUUGAUGAAGCCGGAAAAGCUUGGAUUGAUUGUACAGCUCCGUGUUUGGUGGCAGCUUUUGCGAAUAUUGCUCAGGUUAGUGAUUGAAUUCAUAUUCACCUGGUAUGAGGUUCGAGAUCUGAAAUCUGUAUACUUUAUUUUCAAGUUGAUUUUUUAACACCCAAAAAAAUAUUUUCAGACUAGCACAACUUGCUCCGAACUUCAAACCAAAGCUUUUGCUUCGCAUGUCGAUUGCUAUUUAAAUUGUGGAUUUUGUUCAGUUUGUCAAGCAAACAAGCUAGCAUUUGCUGAAACUUUUGACUGGGCUGAUUUUUUGAAUCUCAAUUCUGUAAUUCAAGUUUGGCAAAUUUCCAGAAAAUGUCCGAAUAUUUUUAGUUGUUUGGCUUAG